AUGUACUGGCGACGAUUUGCUGUAUCAGACAUACCAUUAGAUGACCAGAAGGAAUUCGAUGCCUGGCUCAGGGCCCGGUGGACGGAGAAGGACCAGCUGCUUGAUGAAUACUUCGAGACGGGAAGAUUUCCAUCUGAUUUAGGGGGCUUUGUUCACAACGUGGGCGUUUCCGAAAGUCUAAAAGCUGCCGCCGCUGCUGGAUACGUGGAAGCGCUGCUCUUCUGUGCAAAGUACCAAAACUCUUGGGUUUUUGACAAGCAAGAGUUUACCUUUUAUAUGUCUUAA